GCUGUAGGCUAAACAUCCUUAUCAUUAUUAAUCCCUUGGCGCUAGUGCCUCCUGGCCCUUUAAGGGUUUCAGAAGUCGGGAAUUUGCUAUCGUGGCGGAGAUCAGGACCUUUCUGUGAGUACCGGACAUGUGUGCUGGGAGCAUGCAGGGCACGCUCUCAGCACAUAUGUUUUUCUUAAUUGCACGGAAAUUUGCAGCUGCUCAGCUUCAAGGCCCAGACGCUGGGAUGCUGCACAUUUGUGUGCGGACGGCGUCAAGAGGUUAA